GAAUCACAUGUCUGCACCGUCCCCGUUAUCCGCUGGUAUAAAUAAGAGCAGCAGCGAGCCUGGGGCAGCUUCAGACGAGCUGGAGUCUCAGGAAACAAACAGAGGUCUUUGGCAUCAUAUUCACAUCAUUACCUGCUGGCCCUGUAAGAGUCAGAGAGGAUGCUAAUGAUGAUGAUGAUGAUGAAGAGGAAAGGCUCGAAAGAGUCUUUGGCUUUGGUGGCUCUUCUGGUGGCCUCAGCCAGCUGUAUCCUUCCUCCGACAAAAGAAGAUCUUAACCAGAUUUCCAUUCAGGGAGAAAAGUAUCUGGACAGACAAAUUGAAAAUGCCAUUAAUGGAGUGAAGGAAAUGAAGAGUGUGAUGCAGAAAUCUUCAGAGGAGCACAAGAGGUUUUUGGACGAUCUGGAGAAAACCAAGCAGAAGAAAGAGGAAGCGAUGCGUACAGCUCAGGAGAUGGAGGCCGAGCUGGAGAAGGAGGAGGAGGUUUGCAACGAGACCAUGAAGGCUCUGUGGGAGGAGUGCAAGCCUUGUCUGAAGAACACCUGUGUGAAAUACUACUCCCGAACCUGCAGCAGUGGAUCUGGACUGGUGGGACGUCAGCUGGAGGAGGUUCUGAAUAGAACAUCUCCUUUCUCCAUCUGGAUCAACGGAGAGAAGAUCGACAUCCUGGAGCAAGAAGGACAACGGCAGAACAGAGAGUUCAAGAACCUGGAGGAAAAAUACACAGAGAUGGCCGACGGCGUGGACAACAUAUUCACAGAUAGCAUGAAGGUGGCCGAUCAUGUGCACUACAGCCCUCCUGUGAUCUAUUUGCCUAACUUCCUGUCACCGUACGCUCGCCACGGCAGAAGCAUCCGCUCUCUGUUCCACGAUCCUUUCCACGGCUUCCAAAACUUGUUCUCCCCUAUGAUGGGAAUGAGCCGGAACUUCUUCAGUUCCAUGGGCUCCAUGAUGGACAUGGACAGUGACACUGUUCCCAAUGAGGAUGGUAACGUAAAUGAGGACGUGAUCAUCACCAAACCUUACGGUAACGGCAGGAUGACCUGCAGAGAGAUCCGUCGCAACUCGGCCGGCUGCUUCAAGUUCCGCGACGAGUGUCAGAAGUGCAAAGAAAUCCAGCACAUUGACUGCUCCGGGAAGAAACCUCUGGAGGGCCCCCUGAAGGAGGAGCUGGAGGAGGCUCUGGCCUUGGCCGAGCGUUUCACCCAGCAGUACAACUCCCUCCUGAAGAGGUUUGAAGAGGAGAUGUUCAACACCUCCUCCAUCUUGGAUUUGUUCAACAGGCAGUUCGGCUGGGUGUCUUCUCUGGCAAACAACACCAGCGACGGCAUCUUCAGUGUUCAGGCGGUGAUGUGCAAGGACUCUGAGAAGAAGCCUAAUGGGGAGGAGGAGCCUGGAGAAACCAAAGUGAGCGUGAAGCUCUUCGACUCACCACCCAUGAACUUCACCGUGUCGGGCGAAAUUCCCUGGACCGACCCCAAGUUCUCUGAGGUGGUAGCUCAGGAAGCUCUGGAUCGCUACAAGGAAACCAGUGUUGUCGUCAAAUAAGCUGGAUUUACUCCUGAACCUGCAUCGUCUUCUGACCAGAGAAUGUUCUGGAUUCAUCAAAACACACCUGAAACCCUGAAGCUAACCUAAUGUUCCUCUUCAAGUCCUGCUUUUGCAAACGACACAGUUUAACCUCAGAGGUUUAUAUUGUUACAUUAGUCCUACUGUAAGAGAAGAUAUUUAGUAGAUAACAGCCCCGCUCGUGUGUAUAGUACUUCCAACAAACGCCCUUGUAUUAAAGGCAACAUGGGCAUCUUUAAAGGUGCGGCCGCACUAGGCAACGUUUUUUGUGCAGUUUUAUUUUUGUGGAAUUUGAAAUGUAUUCUUUUUGCAUUCAGCCGCAGUCACACAUGUGAUUAAAAAGAUUGUUUUUCCAUUAAAGAUUGUACCAAGUUUUGAAUGGUUGCAAAGAUUUGAAGAAAACUGGAGCACUGAAGUAACUUUAAUGGGUUGAUCGUCCCUUGUGCAGAGCUCAGAUACUUCCUGUAUCGAGUUGGUGAAAGCGAUUUAUUGGCUUUAAUUAAAAUCGUCGACCAAAGCUGGGAAGUUCAGGAUUGCUUUGAGCCGCUCAGUAAAACAGCCUAGAAAUGAAGCAAUAUGUAGAAACUGAAUAAAACCUGCUCUAACCUAU